AUGAAUUUCCAAAGUUGUUUAGAAGAAACCGUCACAAAAACGCGUCAAGUACUCAAGGAAAGAUUAACAGAUCGUUCCGUUCCUGAUGUACUUGUAGGCUUAGAGGAACAAGAAGUAUUAAAUUAUAUGAAUCGGACUGUAUCUUUGGGUGAGAGCAAUACUUGUAUACUUAUUGGGCCAUCCGGCUGCGGGAAAACUGCGUUUGUACGUUAUCAAAUUGGUUUACAACUCGGACAACAUAUUAAAGGAUUUAGAUCAGAUGGAGACGUCUUCAAUCUUUUGAAAUCCGGAUCUAGUAAUACCAAACCUAUAUUUAUAAUAAUCUAUAAUUUUGAUGCAUUCGCGAAAAAUUGCAGUCAAUUAUUUGUGUAUAAUAUAUUUAAUAUUGCAACAAGCAAAAAUUGUCCAAUUUCAGUAAUUGGAGUUACUCGAAAGGCGAACGUGUUCAACGAACUUGCUCAAAAUAUCUUAUCUCGAAAUUCUUAUUGUCACAUCGAUAUAGAUCGACCUUGCAAUAUUGAAAAUUUUACUGAAAUCAUUAAAAAUUGUUUAAUGAUUGAUGAGACAAUAGUUGAUGACACUGAAUAUUGUCAGGAGUUUAAUGAAAAAAUAGAAGAAUUAUUUGAUGAUGAAUCUUUCUAUAAUCUCAUAAGUCAAACAUUUAAUUUUUCACCGGAUUUUAUUAGGAGUUUUUAUAAAAUAUGUUUUGACGCGGUCUGCAAAUUGACCGUCGAUUCUCCAUUCCUUUCACCGGAAGACUUUUCAAUAUCAACUUUGCAAGACUGUGGAAGCAUAGAUAUAGUUUUAAAAGGACUUACGCAAAAUCAAUUAUGGUUAUUACUUGCAAUCAAUUCGUUAGACAUGCGUCUCCAAACAAAAACUUUUAAUUUUACAAUGGUUUAUGAAGAGUACAAGAAUUAUAUGAAAAGCUAUGCUAGAGAAUCAGGUAGUACAUAUAGAAUGAAGAUAUGUAAAGAGCAUGUUGCACUCGCUGAAUUUGAAUUUUUGGAAUCGCGUAAAAUUUUACAAUGUGUCGAUGAAAGUAAAUUUCAACAAAAGCAAUAUAGAAUGAUGAGAUUACUGUUGUUGCCAGAACAAAUUACAGAUGCCAUUAACGGUAAUGAAAAAUGUCCGGUAAUGAUGAAAGAAUGGGUGGAUCGAGUUUACGCAUUAUAA